CGAGCGUCGAGAGAAAGAGGGAAGUAAGUAUGCCGAAAAAAAAUAUCUAUCUUGAGAGACAACACGUCGCAAUCGAAGGCCGCCCACCAUAUAUAUAAGCUGAGUGAAACGAACAGCUAUCAUCAGUUCACAUUCGAGUUGUUCAAGCGCAAGCAAACACAGCACGAAUUUAGAGAUACAACCAUGGCUCGCGCUGUAGCUUUCUUCCUUCUCAUCGUAGCAGUUGUCACCAUCAGUGCUGCGCCUAAUUGCGGCGAAAACGAAGUAUUCAAUAGUUGUGGUUCAUCGUGUGAAAGUACCUGUCAAAAUCCAAAUCCUCCUGUCUGCACACUGGCAUGUAAUCCCGGAUGUGAAUGCGUGCAGGGAUAUUUGAGAAAUGCGCAGGGCCAUUGUGUGUCUACACUAAAUUGUUAACUAAACAACAAACACGAUUUUUAAAUUUUAUAUGAUAUAAAUCCAUUAAAAGCAAUGUCAUUAAUUAGAAAGUUAAAGUAAUAUGUUCUUAUUGAUCUAAACAAUUAUAUUAUAUAGUUAUUGAUUACUUGUUUUAGUAACUAAAGUAAAACAAUAUAUUGCUUUUCAUAUUUGUAAUAAAAAUAUUAAUAAAUACUAAAA